AUGUUGAUGAAGGAGUACCGCAUCUGCAUGCCUCUCACAGUGGAGGAGUACCAGAUUGGCCAGCUGUAUAUGAUCAGUAAGCACAGUCUUGAGCAGAGUGAGCGUGGGGAGGGGGUGGAGGUGGUCCAAAAUGAGCCGUAUGAGGACCCCGUGCACGGAUCAGGCCAGUUCACAGAGAAACGGAUUUACCUCAACAACAAGCUGCCCAGCUGGGCCAGAGCAGUGGUCCCUAAGAUUUUCUAUGUCACAGAGAAGGCUUGGAACUAUUACCCGUACACUAUCACAGAGUACACGUGCUCCUUCCUGCCCAAGUUUUCCAUCCACAUCGAGACCAAAUACGAGGACAACAAAGGGAGCAAUGAUAAUAUCUUUGGCAGCGAGCCCCGAGACGAGGAAACGGAGGUGUGGUUCGUGGACAUCGCCUAUGAUGAGAUCCCCGAGCGCCACUACAAGGAGUCAGAGGACCUGCGGUAUUUUAAGUCGAAGAAGACUAACCGAGGCCUCCUGCAGGAAGGAUGGAUCAACAACCAGGACCCCAUCAUGUGCUCCUACAAGCUGGUCACAGUCAAAUUUGAAGUCUGGGGCCUGCAAACACGUGUGGAGCAGUUUGUUCACAAGGUGAUUCGAGAUGUCCUGCUCCUAGGACACAGGCAGGCCUUUGCCUGGGUGGAUGAGUGGAUUGACAUGACCAUGGAGGAAGUCAGAGAGUACGAGCGUGCCACACAAGAAGCCACCAACCUUAAGAUUGGCACCUUCCCCCCUUCCAUCUGCAUCUCAGAGACCCCCCUGCCAUCCAGCACCCGCAGUGGCCCUAACAGCGCGCCGUCCACUCCCCUAUCCACAGAAGCCCCCGAGUUCCUGUCAGUGCCAAAGGAGCGUCCCAGGAAGAAGUCAGCUCCGGAGACCUUGACCCUGCCGGAUCCGGGCCGCAGGGACUCGAUCUUCAAACUGCCCAGCUUUUUCUCCUGGAACUCCAGUCCGCAGCCAGAAUGA